GACGCACAAGUUCUGGGUGGACAUCGUCGUGGAGACCACCGCAGGCGCGCUGUUCCACGGAUCCGUGGACCCGCGCGACAUGUACGCCACGGGCAAGAGCAAGGGCAAGGGGGCCAAGGAGGACCUGCCCGGCGCCUGCACCAGGGCGGCAACCGAGGCCGCGCAGCACCUGGCCGCGCAGCUCGCCUCGGGCGCCGCGGUGGAGGUGCACCUGGCCGACCAGCUGAUCCUGCCCGCGUCCCUCGCCGCCGGCAG